CCAUCAGAUUAUCUAUCUCCCUCUCUCUUCUCUAAGAACGAAAAUGGAAGCAUCAGCUGCGUCAGUAACAGUUUCAGUAGCUAUAGCUGCUGUAUUGUGGUGGAUAUGGAGAACUCUAAAUUGGGUUUGGUUUAAACCAAAGAUGCUUGAGAGUUACCUGAGAAGACAAGGUCUUGUCGGAACUCCUUACACGUUACUUGUUGGAGAUGUGAAAAGGGAAUAUAGCAUGACGACGGAGGCAAGGUCCAAACCCAUCAAACUAACUGAUGAUAUCGUCCCACGUGUCUUGCCCUUCCCCUCUCACAUGCUCAAGACUUACGGAAGGACUUUUUUUACAUGGCGUGGACCUAUACCAACCAUCACCAUUACGAACCCCGAGCAAAUCAAGGAAGUGUUGAACAAGAUUUAUGAUUUCCAGAAGCCAAAUACAUUCCCCUUGAGCAGACUU